AAAAAUUUGAAAUCGUGAGAAGAAGGGAGGAGAAAAUUGAUGAGCGCUUAUUUUCUUUGAUCGACUUCAUCACAAAGUCAACACAAGUUUUUGUCAACUUUCCUUUUCCUUUCACUACCCGCCUCCCCGCGCAGCAAGCGUUCUGUAAUCUGCGGUUGCUUGUACGGAGAGAAAUCUUCUGCUCACACCCCUUGAUCUCUGUUCUCUCUUUCUGGCAAACAACAUGUUUGACCCUUCCAUUCUCUUUCAACUCUAUAAAGAAAACCCCUCAUUUCCUUCUUUUGACUACCCAAUAUCAGAUCUUCUGCUGUUUUGAAAUUCUGAUAUUGAACUCUAUUUACUCAAAUCCAAAUUUGUUUCUUUGAUUUAUUUUUGUUGGAUACGAAUUUCCGUUCUCUCUUCAUAUUGUCUACUUUGUCCACUAAUUUUCGUCUUUUGCUGCUGAAUUACCAUCUUACCAAUUUUCGUCUUGCUUGAAGCAGUCAUCGUCAAAAUAUUUUCUUUCCAUCAUCACCUGUACUCUCGAUGAAAUGUUCAAAAUUUCAUGCUUCCGGACUUAAUAAUCAAAUUUCAGAAAUCCGCAGUGUCUUGUCUUGAGGAAUUCGGGUUUUCCUGUUUACCAUCAGCGCUUAAUUUCUUUUAGGGAUUUGUUAGAGAGGGAAAUGUGGGAUGUUUUCGUGGUUGGCAAGGAUAGUUUCUGCGUGCUUGAGGCCGGUCAGGCGGUAUGCCCGCAUGAGCAAGGAUGACGUGGAUGAUCCUUCCUCGAUUGAAGACACUCUGCUAUGGUACAAGGACCUCGAGAAACACUCGUGCGGCGAAUUCUCUUAUGCUGUCGUUCAAGCCAAUGAAAUCAUUGAGGAUCACAGCCAGGUCGAGACUGGCUCCGACGCAAUGUUCAUCGGAGUGUACGACGGCCACGGCGGUCCCGAAGCGUCUCGGUUUAUCAGCGACCACCUCUUCCAUCAUCUAAUGAGGAUUGCUCGAGAUAAUGGUACUAUAUCUGAAGAAAUCCUCAGAGGUGCUGUUUCUGCGACUGAAGAUGGAUUUCUGACUCUUGUUCGAAGGACUUAUGGUAUAAAGCCAUUGGUAGCAGCAAUCGGUUCCUGUUGUCUGGUUGGUGUUAUUUGGAAAGGGACAUUAUAUGUCGCCAACCUUGGAGACUCUCGUGCUGUAAUUGGUUCUAUAGAUAGAUCUAAUAAGAUCGUUGCUGAGCAGUUGACUAGAGAGCACAAUGCUAGCAAAGAGGAGGUUCGACGUGAACUUAGGUCCUUGCAUCCUGAAGAUUCGCAGAUUGUAGUAAUGAAGCAUGGAACGUGGCGGAUUAAGGGCAUCAUCCAGGUAUCCAGAUCUAUAGGCGAUGCAUAUUUGAAAAGACCGGAGUUUUCUCUCGAUCCUUCGUUCCCACGAUUCCACCUACCAGAACCUAUCCGACGUCCUGUGCUGACAGCCGAGCCAUCUAUAUGCUCAAGGGUCCUGCAACCUAAUGAUAAAUUCCUAAUAUUUGCAUCUGAUGGACUUUGGGAACACUUGACAAAUCAGGAAGCUGCAGAGAUUGUGCAUAACAACCCCCGAGCGGGGAUUGCAAGAAGACUGCUUAAAGCAGCUCUGAACGAGGCAGCUAGGAAACGAGAAAUGAGAUACAAAGAUCUGCAGAAGGUUGAGAAGGGGAUCAGGAGGUUCUUUCACGAUGAUAUCACAGUUGUGGUUGUCUACAUCGACCACGAGUUGGUUGGGAAGAAUAUUGCUGUACCAGAAUUGUCCAUCAGAGGCUUCACUGACACGGUUGGUCCAUCCAAUUUUAAGGUCGUCCGGGAUUGACGUCAAUGCAAUGUUCACUCGAGUUCUUUUACCAACAAACUUAAAUGACUCUGCUUGCUUUUACGGGGAACAAGUUCAGAAAGUUGCAUAUCACAUUGACAUUUUUGCAGGAUCUCAUCCUCGUUUAUUCUGAACAUUUGUUGGUCCCUAACCUUUACAAAUUGACACCUCAUCGUUUGGUAGACUGCCGUUCUUCCUUUUCCUUUCUUUUCUUAGAGGUUAUAGAGAUUAGAGAAGAGACAGACAUUGAAGUGAGACAAUAUAUUUCCUCGUUUGUUUGAAUAAAGUCUGAUGAUUUGGAUCAUGAUUUUACUCACAUUGCUAAUUUAUGUUUGGAUAGACGUGUGAGUCAGGGGGGCUUUCUUCUUCCUUGUAUACAUUGAUUCGUGAGCAUGCUUCCAAGUGAGAGGAAAAAUAAGUGGAAAUAUCAAAUUAUUGUAGUUA